AUGAAUGCCAUGCAAAUCGGCGAAUACAGUCACCGGAUCGGCGACCACAAACGAUUGGGCGAAUACCUCAAGUUGCCCAUUCAACGCAUCAACGACUUCCAGGUUCUCCUCAAGGAUCUGAUAACGCAUUCGCGAGAACUGCGCGAGGACACGAAGGAUUUGCAAAAGGCUCACGAGUUUAUGCUGGCCUUGCCCCAGCGGCUGACUGAUUCGAAAUUCAUCGAGAAUCUAUCCGGAAUACAAGGGCAACAUCCACAAUUGCAAGACGUCGAGGUCAAAGUUCGCCAAGAAGAAGGAGAUUGCUGCAAUUUUGAUUUGAUCCAUUCGGAUCCGCGUUUCGUCCGUUACCCGCUCAAUUUACGCUGCACGGAUCGAUCCAUUCACGACGAUUGGCUGAUUGAAAUACGCAACCACGCCUCUCACGCUAUCGCCUUACAGGAACACGCCGAAGACGAUUUGCAAGUCGACGGUCCGGGUGAAACUGACAACGAAGCCAACGACCCUGUCGUUCCACCUCCAGUUCAAACAAAACCGACGCAGUUGAAACCGACAACUCCUGCACCAUCCGACCCGGUUGGACAACAGGAUUCCGCUCAGAUCGCCAAAAAGAUCAAGGACCUCAUUCACUUGAAAGGAGUUGUGCAGUCCGUCCCACAGGCGACCCCUCUGCAAUCGCCCAUCACCGAAAAAGCUCCUCCGGGCGAAAUCAAUCUUCAGCGUUCCGAUUCUGUUGAUUCAAUCAAAAAGGGCAGCGCCAGCAUCCGCUCGGCAUCACAGGCGUCUUUAUCCGCCGAUGAGAAAGCGACGUUUGACUGCGCCCUAGAAUCUAACGCUACUGCCCAGGUGACUUGGCUGCGUAACAACAAGCCGCUGGACGAUCGUUUUGCAGACCGCAUCGUGACCACGUCCAAAGGCCGGAAGCACAGUCUGCAAAUGAUGAACUGCCGACUGGACGACAGUGGACUCUACACCGUCGUGGCCUCCAACGAGGACGGAUCGGCCACUUUCUCGGCUUCUUUAGUCGUCCAAGUCCUGACUCCCGACGAACGCGAGAAAAUGGCCCAGAAAAAGUGCCCCGUCUUCCUUGUCGUAUUGCACGACACGGAACUGAUCGAGGGAACUUCUGUCCACUUCAUGAUCAAAGUCAAAGGCGAUCCUAUCCCGAAUGUCGAAUUAAAAAAGGAUGGCAAGAAAGUGGUGGAAUCCGAUCGGAUCAAAGUCAUCAACGAUCAAGCGGCCACCGGAUUUUUUGAGCUGGUCAUCUGUCAAGUGAACGAAUCCGAUGCCGGCGAGUAUACGUGCAAGGCUCUCAACCGUUUCGGCGAAGCCACUUCAAAGGCCCAAGUCACCGUUACCACUGAAAAUGAAGUUUUCAGUCUGCUGGCCAACCACGGUCUUUUGGCCCCCGGUGAGAAACCCGAGUUCCAGUGGUACAAGGACGGCGCCGCUUACGAUCCCGAGGAGCGAUUCAAAGUUACUUACGAGGACGAAGCCGACACUUUGGAAUUGGUUUUCCAAAAAGACGCUGGACUCUACACUUGCGUGGUGGCCAACAGCAGCGGCAAAAUCCGCCGAGCCGAGCGCCAUUUGUUGCGUGAGCCCGAAGCUCCUACAAUCACCAUGGACCUGGCGGACACUGAGGUCAGCUGUGGUGUAUCCGGCAUGCUGGAACACAAAUUCAAGGGAUUCCCUAAACCCAAAAUGGUAAUGCGCGAUGCCGUGCGUAAUGGAACGUUUGGCCUGGCGCAACGCACAUCGAAGAGAGCAAUGGGAAAAAAAUCAACCUGA